CCCGGCCCGGCCCCCCCCGGGGCGGCGCCGCGCAGGAGCAGCGGGCGGCGGCGGAGCGAUGGAGGGCGGCGGCGGCGGCGCCUACGGGGCGGCCAAGGCCGGCGGCGCCUUCGACCCGGGCCGCUUCGUGCAGCAGCCGCAGGUCCUGGCGCGGAUCGCCAGCGCCGUCUUCGCCCUGAUCGUGUUCUCCUGCCUGGUCGGGGAGGGCCACACCAACCAGCCCAGCUCCGGAGAACUGUUCUGCAUCUUCAACCACAACGAGGACGCCUGCCGCUACGGCAUCGGCAUCGGCGUCCUCGCCUUCCUGGCCUGCAUCUUCUUCUUCGUGGUGGACGCCUACUUCCCGCAGAUCAGCAACGCCACCGACCGCAAGUACCUGGUGCUGGCAGACCUCGGCUUCUCGGGCCUCUGGACGUUCCUCUGGUUCGUUGGCUUCUGCUUUCUGACCAACCAGUGGGCCUGGACGCAGGCCCAGGACGUGCUUAUCGGGGCUGACUCGGCCCGUGCCGUUAUCACCUUCAGCUUCUUCUCCAUCUUCUCGUGGGGCCUCCUGCUCGCCUUUGCUUACAAGCGAUACAAGAUGGGGGUGGAGGACUUUGCUCACAGCUACGUCGACCCCACGCCGGAGGUUUCGACUCCCUACUCCAGUUACCCCAACAUCAGCCACGACAGCUACCAGCAGCCGCCCUUCACCCAGACCGCGGAGGCCACGGAGGGUUACCAGCCGCCGCCGGUGUACUGAGCCCUGCGCCGGGCGGUCCGGUGGGGACGGCUGUACAAGUGCAAUUUUCUCUGGGGUGGGAAGGAAGGGACCUGCAACUUGAACGGGGAAGGGGGCAGGAGGGUGGCAGCUGCUUCGCGUGGAAGCCACCAGGCUUUGGUGUUGGGGCAGAGGAGAGGGCCUGGCGCUUGCGGCGCUGUGAGCUCCCCGCCACGCAGCGGUGAUGGGCAGGUGCCGCGCAGGACCCGCUGCGCUCCUCGGGUGGGUUUGGUGCGCGGGGGCUGGCCGAGCUGCAGCCCUGCUGUUGCCCCUCUGGGGAAGCGGUGGCGAGCACGGCCCGCACCCCUCCUGGCACUGCCGGCUGCAGUCCUUUAAGUGCCACCUUUCACUGCUGUAGCGAGCCUCACGUCCCCAGCACAGCCGUGUGACACGGUUCAGCUCCUGCCUGCCACUGGGUUCGCGUGCCUUCCUCCCCUCCCUCGGCUGCUGCCGGCUGAGCUUGAUGCCAAAGUCCCAUCUUCUGAAUAUGCACCCUUGUGCUGUGCCUUCCCCAGAGCCCGCAGGACAGCAGCUGGCGCUCAGAUGAAAUUUUUUAGGAUCUGUGGGAGCGGUGGGUGUCGGGCUCACAGCAGGGCCCCGGCCCCGGUCUUGUCACAGGUCCAGGUGCUGCCAGGGAAGGUCCCCCUGCAGCACCUUCCCUGCUGACACGAGGCUGUCCCCCUGUGUCCCGCGUGCUGCUCUGAGCCACGCUCUGCUCGGCAGCUGCUGUCCCCGAGCUGGGGCCACACCGUGCCUUUGUGCUGGGCCUGGCGGGCUGGCUUGUCUCAGGUUGUUUGCUGCUGUGCCUGUUGUGAAGCUGUUCCCAGCAGCGGUGUGGGGUAUGCGAGCUGUAGCUGCUGGGGCUGAUAUUCAAACAUGCCUUUGUUUGUCACUGUAGAGAUGGAAUAAACUUUUUCACCUAGCCGCCA